AUGAGAUCAAUAGAUGUUCCAGACACUGGUAUACUUUAUGAUUUAUUAUAGGUCUGAUAAAGAUGUAUAAGGAUGGGCUGAUAAUAUAAAAGAAGUUUCAUAUGUAUUCAGUCAAGAAAUAGUUUAAGUAUUUCUAAAAAAGCAUGAAUUGGAUUUGCUAUUUAGAGCACAUUAAGUAAAAUUAAAUAUUAUUUAAAGGUAAAAGAAGAUGGAUGUGAAUUUUAAGUAAACGAUAAUUAGUAACAUUAUUUUCAGUUCCUAAUAAUAAUAAUAAUAAUAUUAAUGUAUAUUAAAUUUAAUUUAUUUGAAUCAUUGUCUUUAAUCUAAAUGA